AUGGCAGUAGAGCGCGACUGCACCAGUGCUGAACUGGGUGAGACAGUGGGAGGUCCUGGUCAGGUUUUAGACCACAGUGCCAGUGACCCUCAGCGUGCUUUGCAUGCGGGGUUGGAGCGGAAGGAGCCAAUUGCGUGGCCGCCAGCAAACAGUGACAAGUGGAAACUGUUAGAUAGUAAGCUCGGACGUGUUUUAGAGGUUGAGUUGUUGGGGGAUGUAGAGAAGAAGAUGCGGAUGUUUGAGGGGUUAUGCUAUGAGUUGUGUGCUGAGGAGUUUGGAAUAAGACCUGUGGGGGACAGUGGUGAAAGGCGGGGGGAGGACACCAAUAGUAAACCAGAGACAAGGAGGCAGCGUUUGAUGGCUCAGUUGAGGGCAGAGAAGAAGAGUCUGCGACGAAGAUGGCGGCAGGCUGAUGAGGUGGAGAGAGCUAGCUUGAAGGAGUUGUAUGAGGAUUUGAAGAAGAGGUACACGGAUGUGAGAAGAGCUGAAUACCUGAACAAGAAGCGAAAGAGGAGGGAAAAGCAGAGGAAGGAUUUCUAUAGGAAUCCAUACAAGUUUGCCAAGAGAUUGUUUGGGGAAGGGGCCUCAGGUAAUUUGGAGGUGCCCAAGGAGGAAUUAGAGAGACAUUUGAGGGAGACAUAUUGUGAUGAGAGACGAGAGGAGCCGUUUGUCGAGCUGCCAGGACUGGUUAGGCCUCAAGAGCCUGAGAUCUGUUUCGACUUGGGUGAGGUGAGGCUUUGGGAGGUUGAUGGAGUGGUGAAGAAGGCUAGAGCUGGUAGUGCUGCUGGGCAGAAUGGCUUGUCCUACAAGUUGUUCAAGUAUUGCCCUCGUGUCCGGAGAGUACUCUGGCAAAUCCUUAGGGUACUCUGGCGGAAGCGGAUUGUCCCAGGCAGCUGGUGUUUGGCAGAAGGGGUUUACAUCCCAAAGGAGAAGGAUGCCAAGGGUAUUGGUCAAUUCAGGCCCAUCUCGCUCUUGAAUGUGGAUGGUAAAAUACUCUUUAGCGUGUUGGCCAGGCGUUUGACAGACUUUGUCAUGAAGAACAGGUUUGUGGACACAUCUGUCCAGAAAGCUGGGGUUCCCGGUUUCCCUGGGUGUUUGGAACAUGUCCAGAUGAUCUGGGAGUCGAUCCAGAGGUGCAAACGGGAAAAGAAGGAUGUGGAUGUCAUAUGGUUGGAUUUGGCAAAUGCUUAUGGGUCAGUACCGCACAGGUACCUUAGCUUUGCUCUGGACUUUUUCUGGGUGCCGAAAGUGAUCCAGGAGUUGGUGCAGAGCUAUUACAGUCAGUUCAAGAUGAGAUUCACGACCCGGACUUACACGACGGAGUGGCAGGCAUUGGAAGUUGGUAUCCCGAUGGGAUGUCCAGUCUCGCCGCUGCUGUUCGUCCUUGGCAUGGAGGUGUUGACUCGCCGCGUGUCCUCGGAGAUUGAGGGAUUGACGCUGGCUGGAGAGGUUGUUGUUCCCUCUGUCAGGGCAUUCAUGGAUGACCUGACGAUUGUGUCGAGUAAUGAGUCCCAGGUUGACAAAGGCCUCCAUAGACUUGAGGAGAUGGUAGGUUGGACUAAGAUGAGGUUCAAGGCUAAGAAGAGUCGGUCAGUGUCGUUGAGGAAGGGCAAGGUGGUUGAGAAGAGGUUUCGUAUUGGAAACGAGGAUAUACCUCAGGUUUCUGAGAAAGGGGUGAAGAGUUUGGGACGUUGGUAUGAGGACAAGUUGAAUGACAGGCAUCGAGGGAUGCAGAUCUAUGACAAAGUUGUAGAGUGGUUGAAGAAGGUGGAUAGGACGUUGAUCCCAGGGAAUGCAAAGGUGUGGUGCUGCCAAUAUGGGCUGCUGCCACGGAUCAUGUGGCAACUGCAGGUGUAUGAGGUGGCAGUUUCUAGAGUUGAGAAGAUGCAGCAGAAGAUGAACUCGUUCUACCGGAAGUGGUUAGGUGUGCCACGGAUGUUGACAGAUGUAGCAUUGUAUUGUAGAACUGGAAAGCUAAGGCUUCCUAUGGCAUCAGUGGUAGAGGAGUACAAGGCUGGGAAGGCUAGGUUGGUCAUGAUGUUGAGGGAGUCAAAGGAUCAGACAAUAGCAGAUUCUCGGCCACCGAUCCGUACAGGGAGGAAGUGGAAGGCAGAAGAGGCUACGGAUGAAGCUGUGGCAAUGGCCAAGUGGAAGGAGAUGCGUGGUGCUGUCCAAGUGGGUAGGAGCGGGAUAGGGUAUCGUCCUGGCAUGAGAUGGUAUAGCAAGCAAGGCAGGAAGGGUAGGAGGGAUUUGGUAGUUGAGGCAGUCAAGGAGAAAGAGGAGGAAUGUCGGAUGGCAAAAGCUGCACAGCAGGGUGUGCAGGGUGCAUGGACCCGUUGGGAAGAGGUGGAGCAGAAGAAGGUCUCCUGGGAUCAACUCAGGACGAUGUCGUCUGGGGCCGUGCGCUUCAUGAUCAGUUCCACCUUUGAUGUCCUGCCAACGCCGGUGAAUUUAAAGAGGUGGGGUUGUGCGGAGGACGACAGCUGCAAGGUUUGCAGGAAGGCAAGAGGGUCAUUGGAGCAUGUCCUGUCAGCUUGUGGAGGGUUAUUGCAAACUUAUACAUGGAGGCAUAACCAGGUCUUGAAGGAGAUGGGAGCUUUGGCAAGGGCAGCGAUAGAGGCGAGGAAGAAGAAUGGACCCCCAAGGGUGAGGGGCAUCGAGUUUGUCAAGAAGGGGGCUAGGUGUAGGAAGACUAGGCAAAGACAAGGUGUGGGUGGGUUGUUAGCCGUUGCAGACGACUGGGAGGUACGUGUGGACGAGGGGAAUAGGACUAUGCCGGAAGAGGUGGUGGUCACAGCCCUGCGGCCAGAUAUGGUUCUUGUGGCUAGGUCGGCACGUAAGGUUGUGAUGGUUGAGUUGACAGUGCCGUGGGAGACGAGGAUAGAAGAGGCGAGGGAGAGGAAAAUGGAUAAGUAUGCUAGUCUGAAGCAGGAGUGUGAGCAGAAUGGAUGGGGAGCAGAGGUACAUACAGUCGAGGUUGGGUGCAGGGGGUUUGCGGGUGUCUCUGCAAGGAGGUGGAUCCGAGCAAUGGGGUUCAGUGGUAGGGAAGGGGAGAAGUGGGUGAGGAGAAUGUGUGGGGCAGCCGAGACGGGCUCGGCUUGGGUUAUUCAGAAGGCAGUGUAG